AUGCUUGGGUUCCGUCCUCGUCUUUCUCGCAAAAAGUCUCUAGUGGAGUUUAUCACCGGGAAGAGCAUUGACGAUCUUGCCAGCCUAUCUGACCUCAGCUAUCUGCAGCUUCAGCUUGGCCUUCCUGAUCUCCUCGAAGACGACCUUGAGGAAGAGCUUAGCGGUCCUAGCUCCAACCACACCUCUAUCUUCGCCUUUCCUCAACCCCUUCAGCAGCUACAAUCAACCGCCCGAACAUACAGAAGGAUGCCUGCUUCAAAAGAGAGUGGAGUUGGGUCGGAGGACCAGAAUGGCCUCGUCUUUGGCGUCUCCGGUCCCGUCAUUGUCGCCGAGAAUAUGAUCGGUGUGGCCAUGUACGAGCUCUGCAGGGUUGGCUACGAUGAGCUAGUUGGUGAAGUCAUUCGGAUAGAGGGCGAUAAAGCUACCAUCCAGGUGUACGAAGAAACUGCUGGCGUUACCGUCGGAGAUCCUGUCAAGCGAACAGGCAAACCUCUAUCUGUCGAGCUCGGUCCUGGGUUGAUGGAAACCAUCUAUGACGGCAUCCAGCGACCUCUAAAAGGAAUCGCUGAUGAUACGAAAAGCAUUUACAUUCCACGUGGUAUUUCCGUACCUGCGUUGGACCGCAAGAAGAAAUGGCCAUUCACUCCUACUAUGAAAGAGGGUGAUCACAUCAGCGGUGGAGAUAUCUGGGGCAAAGUCGUCGAGAACACCUUGUUGAACGAACACAGAAUCCUGUUGCCGCCCAGGGCCAGAGGCACCAUCAAGAAAAUUGCUCCCAAGGGCGAAUAUACCGUUGAUCAACCUCUUCUCACGGUUGAGUUCAAUGGGGAAACAAAGGAAUAUCCAAUGAUGCAGACAUGGCCUGUCCGUGUUCCCCGACCGGUCAAUGAAAGAUUGCGCGCAGAUUCACCCUUUAUCGUCGGCCAGCGAGUGCUCGAUGCCCUCUUCCCGUCUGUUCAAGGUGGUACUGUGUGUAUUCCGGGAGCCUUUGGAUGUGGCAAGACUGUCAUUUCUCAAUCAGUCUCCAAGUUUUCCAACAGCGAUAUCAUCGUCUAUGUUGGGUGCGGCGAACGAGGUAACGAAAUGGCCGAAGUGUUGAUGGACUUUCCUGAGCUCUCCAUCACGAUUGACGGCCGCAAGGAGCCCAUCAUGAAGCGAACCUGCUUGAUCGCAAACACUUCGAAUAUGCCUGUGGCCGCAAGAGAAGCCUCAAUCUACACUGGAAUCACAGUGGCUGAGUACUUUAGGGACCAGGGCAAGGCUGUUGCGAUGAUGGCAGACUCGUCUUCUCGAUGGGCCGAAGCUCUUCGAGAGAUUUCCGGUCGAUUGGGAGAGAUGCCUGCUGAUCAAGGUUUCCCAGCAUAUCUUUCCGCUAAGCUCGCCUCUUUCUACGAACGAGCUGGUAACUCGAUUGCGCUUGGCUCUCCAGAACGAACCGGCAGCAUCUCGAUUGUGGCAGCCGUCUCACCACCCGGUGGUGAUUUCUCCGAUCCUGUAACAUCUGCUACCCUGGGUAUCGUGCAGGUGUUUUGGGGGUUGGACAAGAAACUUGCUCAGCGAAAACAUUUCCCCAGCAUCAACACCUCUGUUUCCUACAGCAAGUACACCAAUAUCCUAGACCAGUUCUACGUGAAAGACCAUCCCGAUUUCCCCAAGCUCCGGGACCGCAUUAAAGAACUCUUGACCAACUCGGAAGAUCUCGACCAAGUCGUCCAGCUCGUCGGUAAAUCUGCACUUGGUGAUUCGGAUAAAAUCAUUCUCGAUGUUGCUGCAAUGUUGAAGGACGACUUCCUCCAGCAAAAUGGCUACAGUGAUUACGAUCAGUUCUGUCCCCUGUGGAAGACCGAGUAUAUGAUGAAAGCCUUUAUGCAGUUCCACGACGAAGCGCAAAAGGCCGUCACGAGUGGCUUGUCAUGGGCAAAGGUCAGAGAGUCGACCAACGAGAUCCAGCAUGGCCUCAGAAGCAUGAAGUUUGAACUCCCAGACAACCAAGAGGAGGUGUCAAGCAAGUACGACAAGCUGCUGCAGAACAUGUCGGAGAAGUUUGCUAGUGUUAGUGAUGAAUAG